UAUGGUUAAUGGAAUUUUAGGAUUUUGCUCCUCUCUGAAAAGGUACAUGUACCAAAACAAAUUUAUAAGUGAUUGAAGUACUUUCCAGUUAUGAUUUUGGCAAGGUGAAAUUAUUUGCUUUAAAAUUAUUUGAAAACAUUUUCAAGGACAAAAAAGUGCUGCUACCAAUCCCAUCUGGUUGUAUCACCUCGCCUACCUGACCUUGGUUUUCCUAGUAUAAAAUGGGUAAGGAGGGGUGUCAGGGAGUUGCACUAAAACAUGACCUUGAAGUUCUUUUCUAGCUCUGAUAGUCUGAUUCCACCACUAAACUGGAACAGUGGUUCUACCACCAAAGUGGAACUUGACCUUCUGGGGUGUACCUCACGAGUAGCUGCCAUUCAGGCUAUUUACUGCUUAUUUUUUUUAACAGUCACUCCUUUGGCCAAUGGAAUCAAAGAAGUGAGAGCAUAAGCUGCAACUGUUCCCAAGGCAUGGAAGAUGUGUCUCUCCUAUCUGAGAAUGAUUCUUCUGGCUCCUGCACUAAGUGCUAUCCCCUCCUGCAGUCUCAUGGCUCCCAGUCAUUCUGAUUUUGAAAUAUUUAAUAAUUCACUGGAAGUGUGAAACAGGAGUAUCAAAUGGAGCAUUCCUGGAAGGACAGCUAGUGAUUUCCAUGGAAGCAUUAAAUUCUAAUCACCAGGAAAAUACUCUUCACUGUGUAACAACAAUUGCUUCUGCAGGAAGCACUUAUGGUGGUUCGGUUCUCAAGAAGUUCAUAAAAGAAAUACAAUCUAUACUGCCCGGAUUCUCUGCAAAGCUGAACUGGACUUCAGAAGAAGCCAGCUCUUCUCAGGACAUAUCAGGGGUAACACCCUUCCAGAUGAUUUUUGAGGUUGAUGAAAAGCCCAGAACUUUGAUGACAGAUAGUUUGGUGAUAAAGAACUUUUUACGCAGAAUCAUCAUGGUACACCCUAAGAUUAGAUUUAAUUUCAGUGUAAAGGUGAAUGGAAUCCUUUCCUUGGAAAUCUUUGGGACAAAGAACGAACCCACUUUGAACCUGUCGAAUGGAAUUGCUCUUGUUACAAACUAUCAACAUUAUGUGAGUAGACCAAAAUUUGGUGCAGCUCAAUUACUCUGCAGUCGAAUCCAUCCUGUGCUAGGACAUCCAGUAAUGCUUUUCAUCCCCGAUGACGUGGCUGGCAUGGGCUCGUUGGGAGAACUGAUACUCACUCCAGCUGCUGCUCUGUGUCCCUGCCCAAAGGUCUUUUCCAACCAGCUGAAUAGAGUUUCUUCAGUUUCCAUAUUUCUAUAUGGACCGUCAGGCCUGCCUCUGAUAUUGCCAAGUCAGAAGCAGCCAACUACUACUGUCUUCGAAGAUACCUCUUUCUUCAUUGACUGGAAGAAAUACCACUUGUGUCUGGUGCCCAAUUUGGAUCUCAGUUUGGAUAGAGAUUUGGUGCUUCCAGAUGUGAGUUAUCAGGUGGAAUCCAGUGAGGGGGAUCAAUCUCAGAAUAUGGACUCCCAGGGACAGACUCUGCUGCUUUUUCUCUUUGUGGAUUUCCACAGCGGAUUUCCGGUCCAGCGAACAGAACUCUGGAGAGCCCAUACUUUGCUCACCGUUCAUCUCAGUGCCAUCCUCACGGAGAGCCACAGUGUAGUGCAAGAUUCCAUCCAAGUGACUGUGGACCAGGCCUUGGAACAGUAUCACCAGGCUGCCAAGGAUCAUCAGAAAUUGCAGGCCUCACUCUCAGUGGCUGUGAAUUCCAUCAUGAGUAUCGUGACUGGAAGCACCAGCAGUAGCUUCCGAAAGAUCUGCUUCCAGGCCCUUCAAGCAGCUGACACUCAAGAGUUUGGGACUAAACUGCAUAAAUCAUUUCAUGAGAUCACCCAGCACCAAUUUCUUCCCCACUGCUCAUGUGAGGUGAAGCAGCAGCUACUCCCAGAGAAAAAUGCAGAGCAGAGCACAGAAGAUGCACAUGAGAACAGCAGUCCAGAACUCCUUACAGGAACCAGCGAGCAAGUGGAAAACAAGAGGCUCAAGAGGGGCAGCCUCCGGCGGGGCAUGGAAGAGACGCAGGCUUUCCACUCAGCCAGGGCCCCGAGCCAAUUAGAGGCCGCCGCGCGCCGCACAGAGCCUGCAGGGGCCUUUCCGACCCCUAGCGGAAGCAGGGCGAGCCCUGGGGGCGGCCUGGAGGACUCGCUAUGGCUGCAGGAGGUCUCCAAUCUAUCCGAGUGGCUGGAUCCCGGCCCUGAGCCCUAAGCUAGGGUGAUCUCCCCAUGCGCUCACGCCCGCCCGGUAGCUGCCGGGGCAGCGUGCUGUCUGUUGUUCAAUAAACCUGCUCCGCGCGCGCA